AUGAAAAGUAUCCCAAAGGUCAAUGGCGUCUUCGAUCACUCAUUUGUCCUUCAACUCUUCAUUCUAUUUCCCUUUGUAGCUCUUUGUGUACCAUCGACGUUCUUCCGUUCAGACGAAUAUAGCGAUUACGUCCCAUCACUCUUAGACUUGUUACCAACGGUCUUCUUUGUUCUAAUCAUCUCUGGGCUUCGCGAGGUCCUCGCGAACAAUUUGUUCAUGAAACUUGGCGAGAAGUUCAUUCCACACAAAGCGGAGUGGACGGAGGACUUCAGGAAUUUCCGAGUCGAGCGCUUUGGACUGACUCUUUUUAAGACUGUGUAUUACUUCAUUGUCACACCAAUUGGAUUCUACUUAUUCAGAAAUGAAGACUGGAUGCCUCAAGCUCUUUUUGGUCAAGGGAAAAGUGACUUGAAUCUGUUAUGGGAGAAUUUCCCAUAUAUGGAACCAGUCAAGUACAUUGCGUUCUAUUACUCCUUUGAAUUGGGGUAUCAUUUGCACUCGUUGAUAUAUCACAUGUUCAUCGUCCCCCCUCGAAAUGACUUCUACGAGACUUUGUUACACCACUUAGUCACCGUGAUGUUAAUAUUUCUCAGCUAUUUUAAUAACUGCGCGAGAAUAGGAGUCUUAGUGAUGAUAUUACAUGACAUCGUAGACGCAAUUAUGUACGCGGGAAAGGCUUUGAAUGAUGUGGCGAAUGACUACGUCGUCGUAACGGCAUUUAGUGGAGUAUUAGUGUCGUAUGCCAGAUUUAGACUAUGGGUGUUACCAAGGUACAUCAUACCAGCUGCUAUUAAUGCGGGAAAUUAUAUACCAAAAGACGCAUCGUGCGGGAAGCUAAUUUGGAUAGUCUGUGUAAUGAUGUUAGUCGCAUUGUUUGGACUACAUGUCUACUGGUUCUCCCUUAUUUUGGACAUGGUCAAAAAACUGGUGUGCAAAGAGGGAAUUGUCGACCCCCAUGCAACGAAAAAGGCUGUUAUAGCUCAAUAA